AUGUCUACUGAAUUUUCCAUCAAUUCUAAUCCAUCUCCUGAAUUAUUUCAAGAAAUAGUUCAACUUGUCGGAACAACUGAAGGAUGGGCAUUUCAAAAUGAGGAUUUGGAUAUUUGGAAUAGUUUGGAAUCGCAUGAUCUUUUCUUUGUUCUUCGAAAUAAUUCCGAAUUUGUUGCAUCAAUUUCAGUUGCCAAACAAUAUUUGAAAAAAGGAAAUGAGAUUCUCUACUCGAUCGCAUUUUUCUAUUGUGUUGAACAAUAUCGAAAUAGAGGAUUUGGUCGAGUUUUGUUUGAUUUGGUGAAAGAUAUUUAUAAAGAUGCGAAUGUCACAUUAUUUGGAGUUGGAACAAUGUGGAAAUGGUAUUUAUCAAAUUAUAACUUCAAAGUUUUACAGCCCUACUUUCAUGCUUCUUCAACAGUUUAUAUAAACGAUCUGGUACUAAACAAAAUUUCGGAAAAUUGUGGAGCAAGAGAUAUUGCUGGUGAGUUAGACUCUGAAACAUCGAAAAAAUGAACAAAAAAAUUUAGAAAAGGAUUGGAUGAAAAUCCAUGAAUAUGACUCUCAAAUAUGUGAGAUUGAUCGACGAAAGAUGAUGAGAAUGUGGAUGACAGCUAGUAAUGUAUUUUCAAAGAUAAUUGAGAAAAAUAACAAGAUUGUUGGAUUUGGAACUAUACGAAUUGUAUCAUUGAAUAGAUUGAUGAUUUCACCAUUAUACGCAGAAUCUGCUGACUACGCAAAAGCAAUUAUUUUGGGGAUUAUCAAAGAUAUUCCCAAUCUGGAAAGUUUUGAAAGUAUUGGAGCUGUUUAUCCUUAUGAAAACGAGCAGAUGGAUGAGUGAGUAGUAAAUACAAUUAGUUUCCGAAUAGUACCAAAGAACAACAACUUUCAGAAUAAUGUUUGAUCUAUCAAAUGGACACUUCAAAAAAUCGGAAUUUUGUCGUAGUCAAUUUACAAAACGCCGAUUAAACGUGGAUACUACAAAAGUAUUUGCUAUUAGGCACUGUGCACAUAGUUACGUUUAA